GCGACAGAGGGAGAGAGAGAGGGAGGAGAGAGAAGAGAGAGAGCAGAGGGUGUGAGAAAGUAAAGGGAAAUCUUAUGCUGAAUCUGACAGUAAGGUUUGAUGUUUCAAGAACGACAGUAACUGAAAGAGAAGAGGAAAAGUGCCUUUCAUUUGGAAACGGAAGAUAACAUAGAGCAGCUCCUCGAUUUACUAGAGACGCAUGCUGAACAGCUGGAAAAAAAUUGAAACAAAGAAGAGUUUUAACUGAAGAUCACUCAGAGCAUUGCUUUUCUAUUUAUUUUUAUCCAACAAAACCCAGAGGAAAGAUUUCCAGAGAUUAAAAUUCACCUGAUGUAACAAACCUGGAACAAUAGAAGACCUCAGAUACCCAAAUACUGCUGAAGCCCUUCCUGGAAAUCAAGACUAAAAAUGUUGAAGCAGCAUGAAGUAUGAAGUAUGAAGUAGAGAGCCCCAACUUGUCUCCUGGAUGUCAGAACCCCAGGGGCCAAUGAGCAGCAUGGCAUAUGGUUGCAGCGCCAGCUUGCUCCGGGGCCGGCGUUUCUACUGCCGGGAAUGGGCCCUUGAGAAGCUGAGGCGCUGCCUGGACGCCCGCUCCGUCUCCGGCCAAGCACCGGGGCUGCUGGUGACAGGGGGCCCUGGUGCUGGUAAGACCGCCCUGUGCACUGAAUUGGUGUGGCCCACCUCACAGACGGGCCUGGCUGCAGGGCUGUCACAGCGCUGCCUUGCUUUCCACUUCUGCCUCAGGGAAGACCAAAGGAGCACGCUGCUGUGGAGGUUCGUCCUUGGCUUGGUGGAGCAGCUGAGGGCUUCCCCUCUUCUCCCUCCUGGAUAUGAGGAGAUCCUCAAAAAGCCAUCCGUGUCAUCGGCUCUGGAGCCUCUAAACUGUCAAAAAGACCCUGAAGACACCUUCAAGAGGGCAGUACUGGAACCUCUGUUGGACCUCCCUCCUCCUCCCCACACUCUGAUGGUUGUGGUAGAUGCCCUGGAUGUUUACUGUAUGCCUGGUGAAAGAGCUGGAAAGAAUGGCUCUAUAGCAGAGCUCUUGGCUACCAAUCAGCAUCUCCUGCCUAGCUGGUUGCUGCUGGUCUGUUCCAUCCGCCGCCAUAAUAAAGAUGUGUGCAAGAGGUUCUCAAGCUUCCGCAGAUUAUGCCUGGAUGAUCUACGGAAACCACAAAUAGUCCAUGAUGUUCAGCAAUACAUCCUCUGUCGUCUGGAUGAUGAAGCAGCACUGCGCCGUCAGCUCACUCCUGACACCGCAGAUAUGCUCAAUCUCCUUCACAUCAAGAGUGGGGGCUGCUUUCUCUUUCUGGAGCGUGUGCUGGAUGGUGUGACAGCAGGGCUCGUGGGUCUGCGAGAGAUUCGAGAUAUCCCUGGGACUCUUAAUGGACUCUACCUUUGGCUCUGCCAGAGACUGUUCCCUCGGGGCCUCUUUGUCUAUGUCAGAUCCCUCCUCAAUGUUCUUUUGGCUGCCCCAAGUCCACUCACAAGUCAGCAGCUAUUCACAGCAGUCUGGACCCAGGACACAACACUCAGCAUCCAAGACUUUCAAAGCAAACUUCGUACUCUGUCUCCCCUUUUGAUUGAUGGCCCUGAAAGCACCAAACUUCUUUUUCACGCUAGCUUUACAGAGUGGCUGACUGAUGUAAAGUAUUGCACACAGAAGUACCUCUGUGACAGGACUGAGGGCCACAGCAUGCUUGCCAUGUCUUUGACUCUACAAGGACCACAAUUGGACCCUGAGGGCACAUGUCAGUUAGCUACACACUUAGUUUGCUCAGGUCACCAUAAAGAAAACCCCUCAUUGUUGGCACUCUGGAUGUUGUGGACAGGGCUGCCUCCUCCCACUCCCAACUGUAGGGAAACCAUCUCCAAAUCCAUAGCUCAGCUUCCUCCUCUAGUUAGUCAGGAAGUCCCUCAGCUGUUAAUGAAAAGCGGACUUCUUUCACCUAGCUGUUUUUCCAACAAGGAGGACAGGUUAGGAAUGCACUGCAAAAUUGAGCAAGGUGAUCUAUUACACACACCAGAGAUGGAGGCUUCUAUAGAGAAGCUGCUAGAAACGGGGGACUGUGUAAACCAGCUUGAAUCUUCUGGACAGGCCUUGCUUGCAAAAGCAGCUCAUGAGGGGUCAGUAAAUAUGACAAAAUAUCUCUUAGCGCAUGAGUCUGAUCCACUCAUAAGCGAUAAUCAUGGUCAAACUCCUCUGACUUUGGCCUCAAGGCAGGGUCAUGUCAAAGUGUUGUCUGUCUUAUUAGAAUGGACUAAACGGCAGAAUACAGAGACUGUAGUGGCAAUCAUGGAGCAUGUUGACAAUGAAGGUUGGACAGCGCUGCGUUCCGCAGCUUGGGGUGGACACUGUGAGGCUGUCCGCUUACUUCUGGAUGCAGGAGCAGAUGUAAAUGGAUGCGACAGCGAGGGCCGUACAGCCCUAAGAGCUGCUGCAUGGGGUGGUCAUGAGGAAAUUGUCAUCAUCUUGCUGGAAUAUGGGGCACACAUUAACAAAGCUGACAAUAAGGGAAGAACACCACUUAUUGCCGCUGCCUACAUGGGGCAUCAUGAAACCGUAGAAAUAUUACUGAACAACAAUGCUGAUGUUAACUUAGCUGAUGGAGAUGGACGAACUGCACUGUCAGUUGCUGCGCUGUGCGUUCCAACAGCUGCAGCGGUCAAAAGUUAUGGAGACGUAGCAACUUUGUUACUUGAACGUGGAGCCGAUCCGGGCCACAGAGACAAUGAUGGAAUGACGCCACUGCUUCUUGCAGCCUAUGAAGGUCAUGAAGAUGUUGUUGAGCUUUUGUUGGAAGCUGGUGCUGAUGUAGAUGAAUCUGCUGGCCCUGGUGGAAGCACUUCUGCUGCAGCUGCUGUCACACCCUUGUUGGCAGCUGCUGCAAUGGGUCAUAUGAACACCGUGUCCAGGCUGCUCUUCUGGGGAGCAGAUGUAGAUGCCAUUGACUGUGAAGGCAGGACAGCACUUUGCUUAGCCGCAGCAAGGGGCAGCUUGGAAGUAGUUCGUGCCCUACUGGACCGUGGGCUAGAUGAGAACCACAAGGAUGACCUUGGCUGGACCCCCCUGCAUGCUGCUGCAUGUGAAGGACACCGUGCUGUGUGUGCUGCUUUGACAGAUCAAGGCAGCAUGGCACGUGUAGGAGAGAUGGACAUUGAAGGACGGACCCCUCUUAUACUGGCUGCCCAAGAAGGUCACUUGAGCACUGUCAAACUACUACUAGACAGACGUUCUCCAAUCGAUCACAGGGCAUAUGAUGGACAUUCAGCAUUAAGUGCUGCUUUUCUAGAGGGUCAUACUGAUGUUGCAGAGCUGCUAAUGAAGAGGGGGGCUGAUACUGAUGUGCGUGAUGCAGAAGGCCGGCCUCUACUCUACCUCCUGGUGCUUGAACAUCACCUUCAUAUGGCCACUCUUGUCAUAGAAAAAGGAGGUGUGCCUCUCGAGUCCCGAGAUUCUGAGGGCCGUACAGCUCUUCACGUGGCUUCAUGGCAGGGUAGUGUAGAGAUUGUUGAUUUACUUUUAAAACAUGGGGCAAACCCCAAUGCGCAAGACACUGAGGGGAGACCACCACUGCAUUCUGUGGCCUGGACAGGACAUGAACAAGUAGGACAUCGUCUCCUGGCAGCAAAUAAUGUAAUCAUAGACCUGGCUUGCCAUCAGGGAGCAACACCUCUGAGCAUUGCAGCUCAAGAAGGACAUUUUAACAUUGUGAAAAUGCUUCUAGAAAAUGGUGCAAAUCCCAAUCAUAUAGAUAAAUAUGGACGCAGUCCAGUCAAAGUGGCUGGAAAAAAUGGACAUGUUACAGUUGUGCGGCUCUUAGAGAGCUAUGGAGCUAAGCCAUACAUCAGGCUUUUGCAUAAUUCUAGUACUGUGUCCCCUUUAAAGCCCAACAAGAUACUCUCAUCUGGAAUGGGCCAUAGUAAUGCAGUCGAAGUGACAGCCACGACCUCUUCCUCUUCAGUAUCUUCUCCUAGCUCCACUGGGGACCGAUUCCAUUCCAUACAAAGCUCCCAGACCUCAUCUACCUGCCACUCACUUGCUACAGUUCAGACAGUGCCAGCUGACAGCCUCAGUUUUAUCCAGCAGAUCCAACAGCAUUCCCUGCCACGCAGCAGGAGCCGACCCUCCACCCUCCCUCCACCAGGGAGCUCAGUCAUGGUAAGCCUCCAUGCAAGCAGUCAAAGGAAUCCAAAAUGCAUCCCUCCAACUGUUUGCACAGUUACAGCUAUGGUACACAACUUUGAACCACCUCCCAAAGGUUUGUCCUCUGGGCUUGAGUACAAUGACCAAAAAAAUAAACUAGCCUCAAACUUGAUUAAAGCAGAAAAGGCUUCAGGCGGUAAAUGGAACUCAGUCAUGGCUUCUCUUGGUAUAAUGCCCAGCCAGGACAGCCCCCUCCUUGCCAAGAACAGAGACAUGCCUUCUUCGGACUAUCCAUACAGGCUACAAAGCUCAUCACAAGCAGGAGCUUGGGAUUCCCUAACCCAGAAUAUUUUAUCACCUGCUUGUUACAGUUUUACCCCCUCCUCACCUCGCAGUGCCUUAACAGAUGAUCUAAUGGUCACUACUAAUCCACACCUUAAUCUUAAACAGGCCAUCAAACUACAGUUUGAGGGCCCCACCAGUGCAGCCUUACACAAGAGAGAGACACCGCUCUAACCAGGCAGUGGGCCAUUAAAGUUUGGUCUUUUUUCAUAAACAUAUAGGAAUUUGUUUUCUGUAGGUAUGGGGUCAAUAGUUGAAAUUGUAUAUUUAAUUAUUUCAGGUGAAGUUAUUUUGUAAAUCAGAUACUUUUAUCUAAAUGUAUUGCAUUCUGAUACAGUAGGAGAUAAGAUGAGAAUGAGACAUUUUUCUACAUUCUUCACAGAAUUUGGAAAAUACCAAGCUGUUAAAAAAAAAGCCUGCUCAUUUUUCCAACUUUGAUUGUAAAGAUUUUUUUUAUUUCCAAACUGUCACGACUAACUGUUUUUGUAUUUUUACUUGAAAACGCUUUGAGUUUUUAGUUUACUUAAUUUAUUUUCUCCUUCAAAACUGAAAACUCUUAAUUUAAAAAGGGUUUAGCUUUUAGACUUGAUUUGUCUUCAAAGAAGUUUAUAUUUUUCUGGACCUAGCCUGCAUCCUUCAUUAGUGUUGCACACCUUACAAUAAAAAUACAAUAAAAGUAUCCCUGCCAAAGCUUGCCCUUAUGUGAGCCUCUGAUUCAGAGCUGAGACAGGCAAAUCGAAGGACUACAGCCCAGUCAGAUAAUUCUAGGUUUGAACGUGGGAGGAUUGUUGCCUAAUCUUUAUGUUGCUUGAAGACAUUUUUGUUCUGAUCCUUAUUUUUUACUUUUAAUAUUAAUUACAUUUGUAAUAAAAAAUUUUGUCAGUGCUUUAAAGUCUUUUAUUUGUGGCCAGCUUGUUUGUUUUGUAGGAACUGUAUCUGUGUUCUGCACUCAAACUAAAUGUCAUAGGUAGCUUCUGAAGUCGUAGCAUCAAGCAGAGAUGAAAGUCUGGCAGGGGGCAGAUGGCGCCCAACUAGGAAAAUAUAAAUAUGUUUCUGAGCCGUUAUGAUACCAUAGAGGGGGGAUUUUCACACGUAUUAGUGAUUGUUCUCUAUAUACCUCUUUAUUAACAUUUAAAAUAAAGCAUUUAUUAAAGGCUUA